CACCUACAGAAGUUAAGUUACUCCUGUUUAGUCUCGCAAGGCCAUCUCUCCUUCCGUUGCAACGCGUUUCAUCCUUUCUUCUACCAAAAUUCGACUCUGCCCAUCAUGCAGCUCUCUAUCCUAUUCAGCAGCGUGUGUAUUGUAACUACCGUACUAGCCGCCUUCGACUAAACCGGGGCUGGUGCAGUUCUCAAAGCACCAGAAGGGAACUCUUUUACUUCAGUCUCCAGCACCUUCACCGUCCUAUCCUUAACCGGCAACAAGCUCUCUAUAUGGGUCCCAAUCUGUGAAUGCACAAAAUAAGAUUACGUUCUCAAAUGCGGCAUUACUUAUGACCAAAAUCUUACUUCCUUUGCGGCAUGGUAUCCAGUCAAUGCGACAGACACGACAAGCGCAGCACCCGUCAAAGCAAGCGAUUCUAUCACUGUUACAAUCUCUGUCGCCUCACCGAAUUCGAGUGCUGUGGUCCUCGAAAAUAAAACGCAGAAAAAAAUGUCCACCCAGACGACCAAAGCCUCUGAUUCCGUGGACACUUCAAAGCUGACCACACUUGCCGCUGACUGGUUCGUGCAAGCUGAUCAAACCGCGGGUGAACUAGUCCAGGUGCCUUGUUUUGGUACAGUAUCUUUUACCGCCUAUAGCGCGACGUUGAAGAGUGGAAAAUCUGUUUCCCCCACGGUCGCGGAGACUUUUGAAAUAUCAGGGUACUUCCGGGCAGAUCUACUCAAAGACGACUACGACAAGCUCAGGCGUUUCGGUUAUACAGCAA